AUGUCGCUCGGCCUGUCCCCGAACGAAUGCGGUGUUUCAGAGCUCUGGCGUUGGGCCGAACCCGCUGGCUUCGCGGCCCUGGUGCUCGGUGGCGCCAGCAAUGCAGCCGCGGCAGUCACAAGCGGAGCUCUGCUUGGUGCACGCGUGUCCCACGUCAUUUCAGUGGGCUCGUACCGGAACUUUAAGGCGCUUACGACAAUGCAGAUGGAGAACGGCCAUGUCGACAUACAACUUCAGUAUUUUCAGAUGUCUGAUUGGCUUCGACCGGACGAAAGGCUGGACCUGAGACAUGACUUGGCCGAGCCGCUCCAGGCUCUGCAGGCCGCAGUGCAACCUGCAGAAGCAGUUGGCGACCGAGUGGUGCUACUGCACUGCGAUCAGGGCCACAAUCGCUCGCCUACGUUGGCCCUGGCUUUCUUCGUUUGCAAUGGGCACACGUUGCGUGAGGCUUACUGCCGACUCCUUCGAGCUCGAAUGGAUGUCGAUCCAUUGCCGCGAGCACGGGAUGUUCUUGUUUAUUUACUGCCAUCGCUGGCCACACUUACAGGUGGAUCAGGUGGAAACUCCGUUGUAAACACACGUCUCCUGGUCAUGAUGCUAGAAGUGGAAAUCAAAUGUAUAUCCAAGACCGAGCGCUGCGAUGGGGAUCGUGCCGAUAGGUCCAGAACGGGCCCAGCAUGGCCCCAACAAUGUGGGUUGGGCGGCGCUGCCGCCAUACCACAACAAACCUUUAGGCCAUGCUGGGCUUCAAGUGGGUCGUUUCUCGACAUCGUGAACUGUUGGUCUGCUGGGCACCUUCUUGAACCACCUGUAUGUCUGCCACACCAUGUCCUUGCCCGUGUUAUUUGUCAAUCCAGCCGCCAGGUAGCGGGAAGGCGAAGACGUCAUCAACCCUCCGCUAGUCUGCAGUGCUAG